UGGAGGAGGACUGAUCCGGACAAGUGGGCGGCUGAUCUCCCCUCCCCUGCGCUAUAAAUACCGUCGCUGGCCCUUCGCAGAGCUGCUCGCCGUCGGAGAAUUGUCGGAGAGAAUCAAUCGCUGUAAUCUCCGUUUGAUCGUUGCUUUGCCAAUCUGAGAUCUGGAAGACAUGUCGUCGUGCUGUGGAGGAAACUGCGGCUGCGGCUCCGGCUGCAACUGCGGUAACGGUUGCGGAGGGUGCAAGAUGUAUCCAGACAUGAGCUACGCGGAGAACGGCAGCAGCGAGACCCUCGUCAUGGGCGUCGCUGCGCCUGGGAAAGCCGUGAAGAUGGAGGAAGGAGAGAUGGGUGUCGCGGGAGCAGCGGAGAACGGGUGCAAGUGCGGGUCCAACUGCACCUGCAACCCGUGCAACUGCAAGAAAUGAACCGUCCCUCUGAACAGCCGCCGCCGCUGCCACCCGCCUGUUCCUAAUGCUGGAGAAAUAAGAAAGCAGCCUUGUGUUUGGUAUUUUGUUAUCGUGUCGCCACCUCUCUGUGUCUCAGCUGUAAUGGGGAGGUGUGUCCUGUGUGUGUAAAUGCAGUGAACUAGUGCAUAUCUGUGUCUCUGUUUCAGCCAAC